CAUCAUUUUGUAGUUCUACAUUAUAUUUUGUCUGCAUUAUACUUAGUAUACACUAUUGUACUUAAAAUGACUCGAUACCAAAGUAUAGUCGAUAUUAAAGUUGUUUUUCAUGCAGUUUUUGCGAGAACAAAUCUACAAAACAAAUGCAGCUGAUAAAAAGCACUAUGCUCAGCAGCCCAAACAUAACGCCUUGGUCUGCAUACAAGUGAUUUCAUCUGUCCAGGGUUUGACCAGCCUAGUGAAGGCUGAACUAACAUCCAACGGUUAUAAGCGUUGUAAGCGCUGGCGACUAAUAAACUUUGCUUUGCUGCAAUACUUACAAGAAGACUUCUGAAAGUACCAAUCAUGGUUUGGAUUAAGGUUGCUUUUGUUCUGGUGGUGCUGAUGGUAUGGCAAGCUAACGCUUUGACAAUGAAGAACUGCGAUCGUAGGCUUCCUGUACAAAUCACUUCUGUGAACUUCAAACCAGACCCCAUCAUAGUUCGCAAAGGACGCAAAGUGACAUUCUCGGGAACUCUGAAGUCAUACAGAACUGUUGGAAGCACUUAUACAUUGAAACUCAAGGUCGUCAAGAAAGGCUGGAUUGAUGUUGGCGUUCCAUGCAUGGGUAGCUUUGGGUCAUGCGAGUACAAAGGCUUGAAAUGCGAGCAGAUGUUACCGUACCUUAACGUGCCGAAAUGCCCACCCCCCAGCGGAUCGUAUACCCUGAAAGAGAGAACUAUGGUGAUACCAUCAGUCAAUUUACCGUCGUUCCUGACCAGUGGAAAGUACUACAUGAAAGCUGAAGUUUUCGACGAAGCGAACAGACGCAGGAUUGGUUGUGUGGAGGUCAACUUUCAGGCAAAAUCAUAAACCGCAUCAUGUUUCUUAUCAAUCGAUAAAAAAAAAUAAACUUAAAUAUGAAAACUAA